AUGGCACCUAUCGACAAUUCCCCUGCUGAUCCAAACACACCUCUUCAAAAGAAGCCUAUCUCAUAUAAAAACUUGGCUCUCGGUGCAACGCUAAACUUGUUUGAAGUAUCCACACUCGGUCAACCUUUUGAGGUCAUCAAGACACAACUUGCAGCCAACCGAGGCCAGUCCAUGGUAGAGGCUCUCAAAACGAUUUACAGCCGUGGUGGUGUUCUUGGAUUCUAUCAAGGAUUGAUUCCAUGGGCAUGGAUUGAAGCUGGUACCAAAGGUGCAGUGCUUCUCUUUACUGCUUCCGAGUUUGAGUUCCGUGCUCGACUUGCAGGCGCGUCCCCCUUUAUGUCUGGUAUCGUUGGUGGUAUGGCGGGUGGUAUUGCUCAAGCCUAUAGCACCAUGGGCUUUUGUACUUUUAUGAAGACUGUGGAGGUGACAAGACACAAGUCGGGUGCCAAGGAAUCUACAUUCAAGAUUGCUGGUGAUAUCUUCAAGCGUGAAGGUAUUCGAGGUAUCAACAAGGGUGUCAACGCCGUUGCCGUUCGACAAUGCACAAACUGGGCAUCGCGCUUUGGUAUUACACGUUUCACACAAGAAAGCAUCAUCAAGGCACGCUAUGGUGAUGCACCCGAUGCAGCCAAACGUGCUACUGCCAUUGAUAAAGCUAUGGCAUCUAUUGUGGGUGGUGCCUUGUCUUGUUGGAAUCAGCCUAUUGAAGUCAUUCGUGUUGAAAUGCAAAGUCAAGUCAAGGCAGCAGGUCGUCCAGAAAAAAUGUCCAUUGCCACAGCAUCCAAAUGGAUCUACCAAAACAAUGGCAUUUCUGGUUUCUAUCGUGGUGUCGUACCUCGAAUUGGUCUUGGCAUGUGGCAAACUCUUUGCAUGGUUGCCCUUGGUGAUUACUUCCGCCAGUUGUUUGGUACCAACUAG